GCGGUGUUACCCUAAUUGUUAUUAGCUAAUUUACUGUUAACUUUACGGCGUAAAAGAAAACAGCGCCGUAUUUUUAUUUCAGAAGUGAAAUUUGAUUGUAAACGGCGUUAUAAUACUGUCUAUAGUUUAUCAUCAUGACCCAGACAGUCAGCGUUGUACUAGGCGGCAGUAGCUGAAUGAAGCAGACGGGAGGAAGUGGCUGUUAAUGCAGCUCCACACCUUUCCGGUGUAGCAGCACUGCGACCAGCUCCACUCAAAGGAGAAAGGCGAAAGCUGGGUGUAUUUCUGGAGAAAGGAGUGGUAGAUAAGAGGGGGGACAGGAGUUACGCGAGUGGGUACAUGUGCUGCUGAGUCACAGAGGUUAUUCUCGAAGUCGUCCCUUCCCACACGGCGAAGUUUCCCGGCACAGCGCUUGAUGGAAUAGCCGCAGAAAGCUGCUUUUCUCCUUUGGUAGAGAACAAGGGCGCACCCGGUGAAGAGGACCGCCAGACACAGACACCACAAGGAAUUCACAAGCACCGCGGCUUUUCGAGGGAGGCCUUAUAUACUCACAGCGUCUACUCCCUUCACUUUUUAAAUCGACUCUGCCCAGAUUUCAUACACCGCUUUGUGUUGUUUUACACAAUGCAAUGAACGCACAGCAACAGCUGGUGUCAAGUUCUUAACCUCACCGUGCCAUGUUGUGUAUAGGCCCCGAAACCCGUGUGAUUUACUGAAGGUAAAUGUCCCCGCUCUCAACAGGAUCCUGACAGACUUUAACGAGAAGUCCCGAAGUACUGCAAAGGCUAAGGACUUUUGACUUUCUAACCUUCAGUCGCUCUUCAGAGUCAUGUUUUCACCUGUGAAGAUAUUGUAAAAACUGAAGUUGUAAUCUUAAGUGAGUAAUUACCAAGACGGUAUCAGAAACUUUUCUCAGUAGGCACAGAAUAUAUAUGCACAAGAGUUCAAAAUGGGGAAAAUGCUCUCAAAAAUAUUUGGCAACAAGGAGAUGAGAAUAUUGAUGCUUGGACUUGAUGCUGCUGGAAAGACAACAAUCCUUUACAAACUGAAACUCGGACAGUCUGUGACCACAAUCCCUACAGUCGGCUUCAAUGUGGAAACUGUGACCUACAAAAACGUCAAGUUCAAUGUAUGGGAUGUUGGAGGCCAGGAUAAGAUUCGCCCCCUGUGGCGACACUACUACACGGGCACCCAAGGGUUAAUUUUCGUGGUGGAUUGCGCGGACAGGGAUCGCAUCGACGAAGCAAGGCAGGAACUUCACCGCAUCAUUAAUGACCGGGAGAUGAGGGAUGCCAUCAUCUUGAUAUUCGCCAAUAAGCAAGACCUUCCGGAUGCCAUGAAGCCACACGAAAUCCAAGAGAAGCUCGGAUUGACCCGUAUCAGAGAUAGGAAUUGGUAUGUUCAGCCCUCCUGUGCGACCACAGGUGAUGGACUAUAUGAGGGCUUGACAUGGCUAACCUCAAAUUACAAAUCUUAAUGAUUGAGUUGCUGACUGUUUUAGGUCAAAACUAUAAUAAAGUUGCAAGUAACAAAUAACUUCUCAAAAUGAGUAUGGUUAAGAAAAGUUGAUUAUUUCCCAUUUAUUUUUUAAUACUAUGUUUACCCCAUGACUAAUUUAUCUCUAACUGGGUUUGCCGGCUUAAAGUUUGCUUGUACUCUGUAGCAGGCCUAUAUCACAUUCAUUAUUUCUGGGGCUUGCUUGAUGAAUAUUGAGUUAAUUGGUCCUAAGGUUGAAGCCACAGAAAUCACCGCCUUUGCCUAUUCUUUCUCCUGUUUUGUAUAAUUUUUCUAAUGAAGCUGAAGUUUUUAUCUUAAUUCUUGGACUAAAGCUUGUUUCAAGGUUCUUCGGUCUCUGUUGCAUUGAACUUGGAUUUUUUUUUUCUUCUUCUUCUAAGGUGAGCUCUUUAAUGUUAUGUAGCCUACAUGGAGGACUUUGACAUUUGUUUCAAGACAGUACUGUGAUGAAAAGUAUUCAUUCUCAAUGGUAUUGAGGAAAAAAAAUUAAACCAAUGCUUACAUUUCAUUCUCACCAGUUGGGGCAUGAGAGGAGGGAAAAUAAUGACUUUGGACAUGUUUUGUUACCCCUCUCAAUACCCUUUUGUGGGCUAUAUAUUUAACUGAUUGACCUUUUGUGUCAUGUCUUGAUACCUAAUUGUGCUGAAUAUUCAACAAAUAGGCCUCCAGUAACUUUAAAACAUGCUUGUCGGGAUGCAUUUUUGAUUUUUGGGUAAUGCGUAGUCAGUCGACUCAAUCUUUCCAAAGGAAUGUCAUUCAGCUCUGAGCUCUCAAUCUGAUACCACAGUUGAUUAGCCUCAGCAAUGGGACAUUAUAUGAUAGCCUAUAUCUGUAGCAUGAGUACGAAAGUACAUUAACCCUACAUCAGAAUCCAUCUGUCACGCAGUCAGAGGGAGCUGUUUACUGGUGAAAUGUUGAAUGACACCUUGUGGUGCAGCUCUUACUCCUAUUUUGACUGGGGGUACCAUGUACAGAACAAUGUCAUUGUAAUGUCUUAUUAAAAAAGUGAUUUUAAAUCUU